UUCAUUCUUCGUGUGUCGUGCUCUCAAAAAUGGUGGUCUUUUGUUUCUUGAGAAAGUUUCUCUAAAAAUAUUAACAAAUAUUGCUGCAAGUGUAGUGAAUUUGAUCAGAAAACCUUCUUCCAGGUGUUCUGUCACAAAUGAAAGCAGAUCCUAUUUGUGAGACUGUCAAAGAUAAAGAAAAUAAUAUAAUGAAUAAAAAACAAUAUUAAGUGAUUUUAAAAAAAGUGAAAGGGACUUUUCAUAAAAUAUUUUGUAUUGAUAGAAAAGUUUAAAAGAGGAAAAUUAUGAAAACGAGUGUUGUGCAGUUUCUGGUCUUGUUGACCAUUUUAAAUAUUGUAAAUAGUGUCCUUGCGGCCUCAGCAUUCAGAUCCGUAGAGACACACUACGUCAGUGAAGUGGAAGUCACGGAUGACACAUCGGAAAGGUUGCAAGAAACUGAAAAGUCUGUAACAUCCGGCAGUUCCAGGGCUGUCGAUACCUACCGAAAUACAUCCACGGAGGAAUUUUCUACGCCAAAGCCAAAGUUAAAGUGUCACUGUGAUUUGUGCGCGGAGACGAAUUUUGUUUGUGAAACCGAAGCCCUCUGUUUUACGUCUGUUGAGCUUAAGCGCGGCAGGGAAAUUGUAUCGUAUAGAUGCCUAACGGAUGCCAAUAUCCUGCACGAUCGCCUGCCAAUACAGUGCUUGACGUCCAAGGAGAAGCUCAAGGAAUACAAUGUGAAAUGCUGUGAUACGGAUUUCUGCAACAAUGACAUUUGGGUAACGAUUUUGCGGAAGCAGGUACUUGAGGAUCAGGAAGUUGUCAAUUGGGACAUUGUAUUCUAUUUUGUGGCCUUCACCUUUGUCAUAUGUUCCGUGCUAUGUGGAAUGUAUUACAUGUGUUGGCGCCGAAAGAGGUGCAAUGGUGUAAGAUCUUUCGUAAUUGAUGAUUCAGAAUGCGACAGAAUCCUCCAUGGACACACAAUUCAGGACAUGAUUGAACUGACAACUUCGGGAUCGGGUUCAGCGGGUCUUCCGCUUCUCGUGCAACGCUCAAUUGCUCGACAGAUUCAGCUGAUUGAGAUUAUUGGUAAGGGAAGAUUUGGGGAGGUGUAUCAGGGUAGAUGGAGAGGUGAGAAUGUGGCUGUGAAGAUUUUCUCAUCACGUGAAGAAUGUUCAUGGUUCCGUGAGGCUGAAAUCUACCAAACAGUGAUGUUGCGACAUGAGAACAUCUUGGGCUUCAUUGCAGCGGACAACAAGGACAAUGGUACAUGGACACAAUUAUGGCUAGUAACAGAUUACCAUGAGAAUGGAUCACUCUUUGACUUCCUCACCCUGAGUACAGUUGACACACGAACGAUGUUGGUGAUGUCUCUGUCAAUUGCCACAGGUUUGGCACAUUUGCACAUGGACAUUGUCGGGACUAAGGGGAAACCAGCAAUUGCCCAUCGAGAUCUCAAAACUAAGAAUAUUCUGGUUAAAGCUAACCUCAGCUGUGCUAUUGGAGACUUGGGUCUGGCCGUAAGGCAUGAUGUUAAAAACGAUACAGUCGAUAUCCCGGCUACGCAUCGUGUUGGAACAAAACGUUACAUGGCUCCCGAAGUGCUAGAAGACACAAUAAAUCCCACCCAAUUUGAUUCCUUUAAACGUGCCGAUGUCUAUGCCUUUGGGUUGAUUUUAUGGGAAAUUGCCAGGAGGUGCAAUGUUGGUGGAAUUUAUGAUGAAUACCAACUACCCUAUUACGAUCUCGUGCAACCGGAUCCGACCAUUGAGGAGAUGCGAAAAGUUGUUUGUGUGGACAAACAGAGGCCCAAUGUACCCAACAGAUGGCAUACCAAUGGAGUCCUUCACAGUAUCGCCAAGGUGAUGAAGGAAUGUUGGUAUCAGAAUCCAGCUGCCCGACUUACAGCUCUCAGGAUCAAAAAGACCUUGGCGAAUGUCAGUAAUGAGGAUUGAGGUGGUAAGCUGAAAUGUUAUUCAUGUAGAAAUUGAGAUUCAUUGUAAGUGAGAGGUAAAAGAUUGAACGCGCGGGGGGGUUGGCGUAUGCUUGUCCAGAUUUCUUAUGGACAUUGCCUGAUUAUGAAGACAUUGAGCGAGAUUUAUAAUGUUAAAAGUAAGAAUAUUUCUUUUUUCUUUCAUAUACGUUUAGUCCCCUUUUGUACCCUCUCCAAAAAAAAAAAAUGUAAUUAGAGAGUUGUAAUCGAGCACUUGAGAUGAUUACUGUAUUGGAUAUAUUUUUUUUAUAUUUA